AUGAGAGUGAAGAACUGUCCCAAGAAAUUGGUGUUGAUGGAGCUGGACGGUCUCCUCGAUGAUACUCAAUCGGCGGCUGACCGCUGUAAUUCUACUGAUGCUGAUCAAUGCAGUUUCCCUAAAAAGGAGAAUUACGACGAGUUCCUGAAUUCAUCAGAGGGCAUUAUUAAGAAAGCUGCGAGUAGCAUAAGGGUGAAAGCAACCACGAAAACAGAAAAUGUCGCUUCAAAAAAGCAAAAAUCCAAAAAGAUCGGAAGUUCCAGUUCUCGUCCCGUCUCCGUCGUGAAGCUCACCGCUAACGAGCCUCCUCCUAGGAAACGAGGUCGUCCUCGCAAACAUCCGGAAACUGCGAAGCAGACGCAAUUGGAUGCCAGUUUUGCCACUACGCCAAAAACACAAGCGUUGUUUCGUAAGUCUGUAAAGUCUACGAAACAGUGCAAAGGAGCUGCUGGACGUCAAAUUCGCGGGAGAAGGAAAGUCGGUGUUGGCGAAAGAAUGAAAGGAAAGGAAAACAGGAAGCAGAAAGAGCCUUAUAAGAAGAUUCGAGGUGUUACUUCUAAAACUGGUUCGAACACUCAAAAUGUUUGUACAUCCAGGGUCCCAACUGCCUUAAAUAGGUCGCGAUCCAUGAAGAAGGUGAAGGAACAUGGAAUGUCCGUCGAAUCGCAUAACCUCUUAAAACAAAGCAAGGUAGUUGAGGCUGCGAAGAAGAAAGAAGAAGGAAACAAACAAAAAAGGAAGUACAGGAAAAGGCGAGACAUAAGUACAAAACCGCUGGCGGGGUCACAAACUAAUGUGAAACUCAUGGCCACUCGGAUUUUAACUAGGUUUGGCCGUAAUGUGAAGCGAGUGCAAAGGUAUGGAGUGGCUCUCGAGUUACGCCAACCAUGGGAACGAAAAAAGGUAGCAGAUGUGAGGAUUGUGAAAGAAAAGCAACAGGAGAAAUCACGUGAGAAAAUAUGUGCGCGUGAUUCCGAGUUUAAAUUUGCGUCGAUGAAGAUGACGAAAGCAUCUGCAAGUGCGGGUGUGAAAGUAAACGUUAAAAGAGCACCCGGCGAACAAGAUUACGUCAUCGAAAGGGAGAUGGUGAAUAAGAAAGUAGAUUCCAAGAUAUUCAAGAAUUUUCAAGAAGACUCUAAUGUAAAGAGUCACGAGGUGUCAGCUGUACGAGAAGAAGCGAAUCUUCACACUAGCAGGGAAAUGAGUGCCGCUGAAGAUGUAGUGGCGGAAAAUAUUGCUGAGGAGGGAGAUAGCACAAUUGUGCAGGAAGCAGUUCGUCCUGCACUCCGAGCAGUGAGAAACUCAAAACAACGACAGCGGGAAAUAAAGAGAGCAACAAGAGAUGCCGAACGUAGAGUGAAGUUAGAGGAAAUACAGAAGAAAAGAGAGGCAAGAAAAUUGAAGAAAGAAAUGAAGGAGAAAUUACUGAGAGCGAAAAGAGAACGACGAGAAGCGGAAAGAAAAAAACUGGAAGAGGAACAAUUGGAACUUAAGAGGAAGAAACGAGCCAUUACGACGUUGAAAAAAUCGACUGAUGAACGGAAAGUUUUCGUUCCAAGCCCAUGUGAUGAUGUCAUGCCGAUUGUUGAUAUGAGUUUUUGUUGGCGGAUUUUUGUUUCCGGCAAAGUUUUUCUGAAUCGAUGGCUAAUUCUCCACGAAAUUCAGUCCUAUCGUUAUGGGGUUGUCGCGUAUUAUGUAGUUGAGAAUAGUGAAGACAAGACACAGGGUCUUCUAUAUGUGCAGGAUAUUUACAACCCAUUCGCAGGCCUACCGGAAGAGGCGUACUUUUUAGAACUGCAGUCGGAAAGAGGUCGGAGCUGUAUGUUCCAAACGAUCACAGACGCUCGUUUUGUCUCAUCCACUGCACAGUCUCCCACUUUCUUCUACUAUGUUGUUAUAUUGCGUGAGUCAGCAUCUUUAAAAGAUAUAUGGACACAUUAUCCUGAACCUUCGGCCGAAAAGAAUGAAAAGAAGGCGUGGAGUCUCGGUACAGUAGGACGUCUGGCCGCUGAUAUAUUAUCAAUAAUUGAAGUGACAUAUGAGGCAGGGUAUACUUUCCGAAACAUCGACAUGUGUCACUUUCACCUGGAUAUGAGAACGCGCAGACUGUACUUGGACAAUGCUAGUGAGGUGGUUGUCAGCACAGAACUGAGGGAACCUUUACGUUUGGCAAGUGGUGAAUAUGUAUAUCACAACUAUUGGCGGGGUUCUAUUGAGUAUGCACCGCUCAGUUGGCAUUACAAGGGUCGUGAGAGUAUCAUGCGAGUAGCCGACUGCGCUGAAGUUUUGUUUUACAUAAUGGUGGAUAUGUUGGGUUUGCUUACAUGGCGUGGAUUGGACAAUCAUCAGACUACGAAACACAAAGAAGGAUUUGUCGAGCAGAAUCGAAAGCAGCUACCGGUCCCUCUAAUCGAUUACUGGAAAAUAGUUCGCCGAGCGCAGGCUAUCGAUGUAAGCAAGCUACGACGCCAGGACGACUAUCUCCUUCUUGAUGGUAUCCGCGGAGGAGCAACAGUUUCUAUAUUGGAUUUCCGUGCACUGUUUACUAGACUGCUUGCAUUGUACAAGGUUUUUGGUGGCGUUGCGGAUGAAGAUACGCCGUUUGAUUUCGAAGUUGUGGAUGAUCUUCUCAAAAGAAGUCCAGAAGAGCAACGUUUGGUAGAGCUAUAUAAAGAAGCUGAAAUGCUCAGAUACAGGCUGGAGGCUCUAAGAGCUGACUAUGAUGCGUUAAUAACACGAAAAGCAUUUGCGCAGAAGAACGCGGCACAGACGGAGAGAGAGCGUGCGUUGGCCGCACAACACCGAUCCGAUAUUAAGGAUCGAGUCUACGAUGAUGCAGAUGCAAGUGCGUUUUCAUCUGAGGAUUCUGACGACGACUAA